AUGCAUUUGGUCAUAGAAAAAUAUCGAAACGAACAUAGCAUCAUACAACCACCUGAACCAAUUUUGGUACCUUUCAAGCGAUACAGCCGAGAAUGCGUAGUUAGUGCGAUAAUGGAAUUCAUAAGCUAUAAUUUCACAAUGGAUAGUCCUCCAAAAUAUCGCGACUUUGAAGGAGAUAUGAUUCUUUUAGAAACACGAGAAGCUUUUGAGGUUGCUUUCGAUGAUGUAAUGCAGACGCCACAGAAAUUAUUCGUGGUUCAUAUUGAUGGUGUCUACAAAUUUGGACUGCCGAAAAAGCAAGACACUAAAGCGUCUAUGGUUGCACGAGCUAACUCUUUAUGUCAUCCUUACGCGAUGAAAGAUCUGGAGGAUGUUUUAAUGGAUCGGGUUGUGAAAGAGGUUAAGCAGGAAGUGAAUAAACAAAUUGUCAAACAUCCGGUAAUCCAUAAACUGGCUAAAUUCUUGAACGAACUUGAGCAAAAAGCAUAUGGAGCGAGUUGCAGUGAACAAAAAUCUACUCAAACAUUUUCAACGGUAUUUGACGCUGCUGGUGGUUCGUCGUCAUCAACAUCACUUGAAAGUCAAAGUUCGUCGAAGGUAAUAUCUGAAGAUGGUACCGCCGUGUUUCAGUUAAUUGACGAAAGUCCAGUUUGGGAUGUGAAGGCAAUUUACGAAAGGAAGACAAUGCCUUUAACAAAAUGGGAAAAUCCAAGUUCGUCUGAUCUUGUGAAAACUGUACGUGAAGGAGAAGGAAUUUUCUCUAAACGAUGGGUUUUUCGUCGAUUUGCUUGCAGAAGAUGGGAAAAUGUUUCGGUAAUUAAUGAAACGAUAUCUGAUAUGCUAGAAAUAUAUCGUUCAAAGAUGAUUGUAACGAAUUUGCCAGAAAAAGGCCAAAUUGUUGAUUUCACUGUGUGGGUGAAAUGCUCGGCUUCAACGGGAUAUUUCUGUGCAACUUGGCGGCUUCAUAAAAUGAUUGAGAAUGGUAAAGGUUCAAUUGCUGAAGGACCAAGGCUGGUCUUUGAAAUCUUUGUGAAUCCAUUCACUGAUGAAAAUUUCGCUAUCGAAAGGCCCGUAUUUCCUAAUGAGUUGGAUUCGUUGUCAUAUUACGCCGCAGUCAGGGAUGGGAAACAAAAUGUCGAUGAUACUCGAGAAUUGGAAGAAUUAACGAGCAUCGGAUCUGUUUCAGCAUCUGAUUAUGAAGUAAUUGAUGGCGGAGAUACUGUAGACGAUUCUGAGGCGAAGUAA